ACAUUUCCCCCCAGAAAGCAUAGAGUGAAAUUGGAAUCGCCAAACGCUCCUGCCAAAGCCCUUCGUUCCUCCGCCACCGACCAUCGACCGACGCCUCGGAAGCCCCAUCGGCGCCGCCGUAGACCGGCGGCUCCGUGGCAACCGCAGUCGCACUUCACGCCGCGUAGCAGCGACCGCCGCAAUCGCCGCGGCCGCGCUCCAUCGUACGCAGCCACCGCAGCAUCGGCUGAGCGCUCGCGGCCGCCGCCACAGCCCCUGAGACCUGGAGAUGGAGUAUCCCCUGAAUUUGUGAGGUUGAGUCAAGAGACCCCCCACCGAUGCGGAGAUCAUUGGCAAUAUCCUCCCUGGUUGGACGUUUAACUCAAUAUGGAGUGGUUCGUGUCGAGAAACUUGGUUCCAGUUACACUACAAUGGUCCAGUCUCAUAUAUAUGGAAAUUGCACUGGUGGAGCAGAAGAGUCAUCAUUAAAGGUAGAGGGUGAUGCUCAUGCUGCCUUACAUGGUGGGCAGGAAAUAGAAAGAUCACAGAAGCCCAGGAUCGGAGAAAAUGUUUCGAGAAACGAUAGGUUCAAUUUUCUAAUUAGCACACUCUUUGAUCUGAAGGACAGCAAACAAUCAGUUUAUGGUGCUCUGGAUGCCUGGGUUGCAUGGGAACAAAAAUUUCCACUUGCUUCAAUUAGGAGGGCAUUGAUUGUUCUUGAGAAACAACACCAGUGGCAUAGGAUAGUCCAGGUAAUUAAAUGGAUGCUGAGCAAGGGACAGGGAAACACAAUGGGUACAUAUGGAAUGUUGAUCCGGGCUCUAGACAUGGAUCAUAGAGCGGAAGAAGCCCACAGAUUUUGGGUGAAGAAAAUCGGUAGUGAUCUACAUUCUGUACCAUGGAGUCUGUGCACCAGCAUGAUAGCAAUCUACUAUCGAAACAAUAUGCUGGAGCAUCUUAUAAAGCUUUUCAAAGGCCUUGAAUCUUUUGAUCGGAAGCCACCAGAGAAGUCAAUAGUUCAGAAGGUGGCAGAUGCAUACGAGGUUUCAGGCCUAGUUGAAGAGAAAACAAGAAUUUUAGAGAAAUAUGAUUGUCUUUUCACAGAAUCACCCAAAGGCUCCAUGAAACAUACCAAAUCCAGUUCAAAGAAGGGGAAGAAAUCAGAUUAAUUUCUGUGUAAUGAAAACGAAUGGUGCUGAUUGGAGCCAAUAUAUGAUGGUAGUGAAUUUAUCAUCUCAAGUCCAAAAGAAAGAAUUUCGUAUCGGUUCAUGUAUUUAAGCAUGAUGUGGAUGGGAUUUUCUUUCAUGUAUCCAAAAGAAAGAAUCUCGAGCCAAUCAAAGUUGUGGAUGGGAUUUGUUUUCCUGCCAAUGGCGUUAUGAUGUAUUGGUGUGGUGAUAAUAAAUUCUAUGCAUACCGUUGCUCAAAUUCCCCGAAAAGUUCAUGUGAUACAUGUUCUUUGAGUAUUCAACAUCGAUGGUUCUGUUGAGCUGUUUUCCUUUUUAAACUUCUCUGAGCAUAUAGCAUUUCGCAUCUCUCAUAUUUUUCAA